ACAUACCAUUGUAGCUCGAUCGAUGUUAUUGCCAUCGAAGAGAUCAUGAGAGUAUCGGUCAUUGACUUGCUAGAGAUGGGAUCUUCCACGAUGUUUCUCUUAAUCUUCCGGGAAGCUUCAACUCUAACCCCGCAUCAAUUAUACUAUAUAUAUGGGCAUGUGUUCUACAAACCGUAACGUGUAUCUUCACCUCGCCUCCCUUCAGUCUAAGCUCGAUGGUCCAUACAGCCGGCAAACGCCUUGCUUCCGAAGGGUCUUCCUCCCGCUUUGGCCACCAUCUGCAGGACCCUCACCGGACAGCACCGUCUGAGAAACGCCACCGACCCACGACCAGUUUCGCUUCUGUUGUUAUAAAAGCUAUGGAGCACAAUCGACGGGAGAAGCUUUGGUUAGCCAUGGAACCCAUGCUCAGAAAAGCGGUGAGUGAAGAGCUAGAGGGACGGCUAGGCCGGACUGCAGCCGGGAGCCACCCAUUGAGAAGGUCUCCGUCACUCCGAGUCCAAGCACCCGAGCCCCUGCCAGUCAACAUCCCUCUCCACCUCCUCUUCCCCAAAACCCUCAAGCUCCCCAUCUACACCCUGAACGAGAUUGUGUCCCACGAUAAUUCCCCCGUCCGAGUCAUCCUUCUCGACCCCAGAUCUGACUUGAAUAUCGACACCGUUGGCCCACUUUCGACAUUCCUCCGGUUCCCAAUCAAGGUCGAGAUCAUGGUCCUUGAUGGAGACUUUCGUCCUCUCCGCCCGGAUGGUGAUGGUGUGUGGACAGCCGAGGAGUUCGAGAACAGCAUCAUAAGAGCAAGGGUGGGUAAACGGCCGCUCCUGGCAGGAGACUUGACUGCCACCCUCCGGCCCGAUGAUGGCAGCAGGGAGCUGUUGAUGACCUCCUUUGCCCAACUCCAGCUCACGGACAACUCGAGCUGGAUCCCGUGCCGGAAGUUCAGGCUCGGGGUUCGAGUCAUCCCGGGAAGCUAUCACGGUGUAUUCAGGAUCCUGGAGGCCGUGACCGAACCCUUUGUCGUUCGAGACCAUCGUGGAAAAUCUUACCAGAAGCAUUACCCACCAAAAUUGGAAGAUGAAGUGUGGAGGCUUGAGAAAAUUGGAAAAGAAGGAAAUCUCAGCAAGAAGUUGGCUUCUGCCGGUGUCAAAACCGUGCAAGACUUCUUGAAGAUGUCCAUUGUCAACCCUCAACUGCUCCGAAGGAUGAUGGGUUCCGAGAAAAAAUUGGAAGCGAGUUUGAAACACGCAAGGACAUGUGAGAUCUUCGAGGCGUUUGGUGAUUCAGUGAUCUUGAAUCCGAGAUGUAACGUUUUGAGCGCAAAUAUUGACGGGCAGAUCAUGUACACCAAUACAGAAUCGGCCAGUCUCUACCAAAAGCUGUCGGAUACGGUGUUCUUUGCACCCAUGGUGGCAGAUGAUCGGGCUGAUUGUGUUCAUGACGGGGAGCGAUUGAUGAGAUCAACAACUCUAUGUGGUACGAGGUCAAAGAUUCAACUCGUUACCAUAUCAUAUGACAAGUAGCAACAUAUAUAUACAUAUAUGUGAGUGUGCAGAAUGAUCUGCGUGUGGAUCAUUUAAUUUACGCAAGAAUAUGUGUAGGUAUGUUAUAUAGUCCUUUCCCCCGAUAUGUACAUAGAUGUUGUAUUAAGAGGAAGGGGGUAUGUUGUGGCAACGUGAGAAAAUUAAUAUUAUUAGGCUAUACAUAUACAUAAACAUGUAUGUAUGAAGUGGGUCCAUCCAGUGGGGAAGAAUAUGCACCGAAACCCUAGAGAGAGAGGUGUGGUCCUUGGUGGCUCGUGUAUAAAUUACGUGAAGACAAUGUUCUUGUAUAAUACUUUUCCAUGGAUACAUGUGUGUAUAUAUAUAUAUAUAUAUAAGGAAAAGUGCAGCAGAAGUGAUUUGGAUUUUUUUGAA